AAGAGCAAUUGAAUAGGUUGCCAACAAAAGAGGUGUGGAAAGAAUGGAUAUAUUUUUAGGGCGUACAGUCCACCUAUAAAAGCUCCGAACUAAGCAAGUGUUGCCUCAUUUUCAAAAAUGAAAAUUUACGUGAUACUACUGGUAAUAUCGCUGUCCGCCCUUUCCGAGGCCGCUGGGCGUGGCCCCAGUCACAGUGUUACUUGGGGAGUCAGAAGCUACAGGGACACGCACUUACGGCGGGAGAUCAUCACUGAAAAGUCCAGGUUUUUGCGCGUGGUCACAAGGGAUUAUGUUUUUAACCAAAAGAAAUGGGCACGCACCAUCACCCAAAUAGUGAUUACGGAUCAAGUUAGGGAUGGAAAUGGAGGCUAUGCUUACCUCACUGCCGGUGGACCACAGAGCACUUAUGCCAAAAUCCAUUUAAAGAGUCAACGCAACCAAGGCUUCAGUUUUAUCAUCGACAUUUACGGCACUUAA